AUGGCCUCUGCCCGCAGCCCCGCCGGAGCGCUCCUGCUGCUCACCUGCGCCAGCCUGGUCGCCGCCAUGGGCCUGGGUGUCCCGGAGCCCGCCGCGCCGGCGGGGAACCAUGCACAUCCGCGGUUGCCCGGGACCGAGCUGCCUGCCCCGCCGGAAGACAGCCCACCGGAGCCCACCACGGCGCAUGCACACAGUGUGGAUCCCCGGGAUGCCUGGAUGCUGUUUGUUAGGCAGAGUGAUAAGGGCGUCAACAGUAAGAGGAGGAACAGGACCAAGGCCAGGCGGCUGAAGCUUGGCCUGCCAGGACCCCCAGGGCCACCGGGUCCUCAGGGCCCCCCAGGCCCCUUUAUCCCAUCUGAAGUUCUGCUGAAGGAGUUCCAGCUCUUGCUGAAAGGCGCAGUGCUGCAGCGGGAAAGCACCGAGCCCAAGCACUGCACCAGCGAUUUCACCACACCAGCCUCGGGCAGCCCCUCCCGGGUCCCGGCCGCCCAGGAGCGUGACAACGACCAGGACCGAGGGGCUGUGUUGGCGCUGCUGGCUGCGACCCUGGCCCAGGGCCCACGGGCGCCACGCGUGGAGGCUGCGUUCCACUGUCGUCUGCGCCGGGAUGCGCAGGUGGAGCGGCGCGCACUUCACGAGCUAGGGGUCUACUACCUGCCCGACAUGGAGGGAGCCUUCCGCCGGGGCCCAGGCUUGAACCUGACUAGCGGCCAGUACACCGCACCAGUGGCUGGCUUCUAUGCUCUCGCCGCCACUCUGCACGUGGCACUCACAGAGCAGCCGAGGAGAGGACCACCACGACCUCGGGACCGGCUACGCCUGCUGAUCUGCAUCCAGUCUCUCUGCCAGCACAAUGCCUCCCUGGAGACUGUUGUGGGGCUGGAGAACAGCAGCGAGCUCUUCACCAUCUCAGUAAACGGUGUCCUGUAUCUGCAGACAGGACACUACACCUCCGUCUUCUUGGACAAUGCCAGCGGCUCUUCCCUCAUGGUACGCAGUGGUUCCCACUUCAGUGCUAUCCUCCUGGGCCUGUGAAUGGCUGCUGGGGGCUCUUCUGCUCACCAAGCAGAGUGAUCUAAUGUCUACAGCGUCAAUGGACAGCAGCUCUGUGCAGGAGGAAGCCCAGUGGACCUCUACAUACACGGGCCACAGCAUUACCUCUUAGCACAGCCACCCUAGACAUUCCUGAAGAGGUCAUGGAAGGAAGCAGCCUCUCCCAGAACCAACAGCAAUCUGUGGGUAUCUUAAGUCCUUCUUGGCUCUUCAGGGACCAUCCAGCAUACUUGCUAGCACUUGUAUAUCCCCAGCCGCAGAGCUGGCAGCCUUGUGUCUCCAUACAGCCUCAGAUUCCUUCCUGUGGCCCAGCAUCCUCAGUACCUUGUAGGGAGCUCUAGCCAGGCCACUACCUGGAACAGCUCAUUCUGUACAGGGCAGGGCUAUGGGGACUCUGAUUGUGGGUCCUUAGUGUUUAAAAGGGGAGCCCAGGCCUUCUUGGACCACACAUCCUGUCUACCUAAGGUUCCUGGGUCCAUAUAUAGCCACAUUCACCAUGCCUCUGCCUGGAGUGUAGCAUCAAGGACCUAAGGACUCAGGGGCCAGUGAGCCUGGGCCUGGCAGCAGUUUCUGCUUCUGGGGUAAGCAAGAUGAACCACAGGCCCUUUGGUGGGCACCCUAACGAAAGGGGCAUCCCGUUCACAGAGAAGUCAUCUUCACCCUCUACAAAGGUUACCCUUUCCCAGCCUCUCUGAAGCUCACUCUGGCUCACCCACCAAGCAAAAGUUUGAGUGCAGUUAUGCACACGCUGCCUCUUCCCAAGCUUCCGGGGUGAGACCUGCUCCUGCUGUGAAGGUGGUCUGGCUGCGUGGGUGGCCGGGCAGUGAAGCAGCUGGCUGAGGGCUCUUCCCAUGAGAAGGAGCAGGACUGCCAGCAUGCAGCUUGUCUCAAUGCCGUCUCCCCAUUUUUAACAAAAUGUGGGACUGGCCCCACACAGGCAGUGGAGAGGACUGGGACCUCCAAGGUCCCCUGCUGAUGAAGAACUGACACAUCCAUCCCCACUGGCUGCUUUGGGAUCUCUUGGCCUAGCAGGAGUGCUCAAGCCUGGAAUGGGGGGAGGUAGGCGCCAGCUGCUUCACCUUUCAGCUGACCUCAGGAAGAGGUUACCACAGCAAGCCUGAAUGCCUUCUUAUAAUCAAACUUCUCCCCAAAGCAGGCUGCCAACACAGCAACAGGGAAAUGGAGGGCUCUGUCCAUGAGCUGGCCUGGCCCGAUUCUCAGUAGGGAUGGUACCCACCCUACCAGGAAGCACUGUAUUGGCCUGGGUCCUAACUCCCUGGCACUUUGAUAAGGACAUGGGGUAGACACACCCUUCUCUGGAUUUCACUUUGUAUCCAGUGGGCACAGACCUGUUAGCGAAGUUAUCUUCUACCCUUGAGAAAGCCACAUAAGCACCUAUCUCAACAACUGUGCUCACAGCAACUUCAAAGCAUUGUGUCACAUGCCCGAAGAAUGUGUUUAUGUGAUGGAUCACACAAAGCCGAUGAAGGGCAGACUCCAGGCUCAUGACCUUCUCUUCCCAGUCCACCUCACAAAGGACCAUGAGGGGUGAGCUCUGGAAAGCGAGGGGGAGAUGCCUCUAGUCUUGGGGCUCCCCCUGAAGGUGGCAGGGGAGGCUCUUACUAACUAGGAAGGCCAUAGUGCCAAGUGUCUCCCAGACAGACAGUGGCACUUAGGGACAUGGGUCAUAGCCUCUGAGGCACUGAAUGACUCCUGGGUUACUACAGGAAUUUGCUGAAUUAAACUGCUCUGCUUUCUGA